AUGGCUGGGUUUUUACAAUUGGUGACUAUUUUUUGUGUUUUAUCAGUUACCAAAUCUCAAGAUAUCCGAUGCUACGCCUGCACCACAAUUGAUGCGAAUGCGAUGCUCAGCGAAAUUUCAGAUCCCAAUUGGUUAAGAUGGCUCGAAAACGUUCGCUAUGUGCCGUUUAGCCAAAAAUGUAUCGAUUACUUUGAGGUUGAUCAAGCACUUCGGGAUGGUGUCCGAAGUAAUGAAUGCUCAAAUGGGGUCUGUAUGAAAAUGAUUUUCCAGGAGAAAAGUGGCAUAAGUCAUGUGUGGCGAAGUUGUAUUCCAAAUGCCAAAGAACAAAUCCGAUCGGAUUGUACCAAAAUCACCAGUGGCGAGGGUAACCUGGAAGUGUGUACCUGCGAUGGAAACUUGUGUAAUAGUGAAGCAUCUCUUAAAAUUGUGACUGUAUUAUUAUCAUAUCUUUUGUUUUUCCUUAUCAGAUGA